CAUAUUCAAGAAUACAAUAUUUUAACAUUUGUAAAAAAGCUAAUAGCAACUUGCUAAAAGAAUAAAAAACUCAACUCCAGUAACCCUAUCUUUACAGACCUUUUAAGCAUAUCAAGCUAAAUUAGAGCGAUUUUAUUAUAAAAAAAACAUAAAUAGUAAAUAAGAUGUGGAUUAAUUUUUUUUUUAAUCAUCUUAAUUUUUUUUUAUCAAGUAAUGUAUAUUGCUAAAAGUUGCUACAUCGAAGUUUAUUCUUAUUAUUAAAUUGUGUUAGUAUGUUUGCUUUUGAUUGAAUUUUACAUAGACAUAUUAUGCAUCAAAGUUAUUAACCAAUACAUAAUAAUAUUUAAUUGGGAGAGCUCGAAAAGUAAUGAAGAAAAGUAUGAUUAACUAAAAAAUUUCAAGGUGAGAUAAGUUAUCUACAAGCUAGUAAAUAAAAACUAAACAACUGAUAUUCUCCCCUUAACUGUCAUUCACCAUAAAAAAAUGGUUGUUGGAGCAUUUGCCCUUGUAUUUUUUACUUAGUUUUAUUUUGCUACUAAUUAUUUGGAAUUUUAAUGUUAUUUCUCCUUUGAGCCUAUUGUUAUGAAUAUUACCUUUUGGAUACUCUAUCUAGUGAUAAUAGUUUUAACGAAGUUUUAGAUAAUAUAUCUAUGCUGUUAAAAUAACCAAAAAAACAAGCUUGAAAAUAAUUUUAACACGAAUAGCUUAGUAAAUUAGCAGAGUUAAGCCUUAAGUGUAGAGCAACUUGAGGAGUAAUGGAAAUUAAGAUCUACUACUGAAAAAGUAGUAUUUAACAAAAAGAAGAGUUAAUCUAUUUACUAAAAUAAAUAAAACUAAUAACAAAACAAUUAGGCUUGGUCAGCUUAGUAGUUAGACCAAAAGUAAUAACAUUUCUAAAAUGAUAAUAAACUAGAAAAUUUAGAAAUAACGAGUAUAUAAACCAAAAAAUUAUUAUAAAAUACCGAUAGGUUAUAGGUUAAUAUUGUAAAUAAUGAAAAUUAAUAGUUAAAUUUAAAACCUCUUUCAUAGAACGAUGUAGGGUGUUUGAAUUCUAACAUUCAUGUAGAGUCUCAUAUUAUUAUUUUACAAAAUGAAGAAAAAAAGUCCUCUAUACCCUAAGAGAAAGAGGUAGUAGUAUAAUCAUCAAAUCAAACCUUAGAAGAAAGUAUUGAGUAUGAAACUUGUUAAAUUUGUUUAGUGGAGUUGCAAGAUGGUGAAAUAGGAAGAGAAAUGAAAUGUUGUAAAAAAAUUUUUCAUAAAGAGUGUUGUUUACAAUGGUUUAAUACAAAAGAAACUUGCCCAAAUUGCAGAUCUCUUCCAUUACUUUCUUUUUGA